ACAACAUAACCAACAAACAACCCCACCAUAGUUAUAAUACUACACAUGGUGAAACCGGCCAUGACCAGAGUUGAUUCUUCUUCUUCUUCCUCUUCUUCUCCCACUUCUUGCAAUGAAUCAUUCUCCACCACUACCUGCAAGAUGUACAAGGGAGUGAGGAAGAGAAAAUGGGGGAAAUGGGUCUCUGAAAUUCGGCUUCCCAAUAGCCGUGAGCGUAUAUGGUUGGGCUCUUACGACACGCAAGAGAAAGCAGCACGAGCCUUUGAUGCUGCUCUCUAUUGCCUGCGUGGGAAGGGUGCGAGCUUCAACUUCCCCGACACGCCUCGUCUCUUGGAAAUGGACUCGCUCAAGAUACCGUGCAGCCACCAAGAGAUUCAGGAGGCGGCGGCGAAGUUUGCAAACAAGGUGGUGGAGAUUUUCGCAGAAGAAGAUGGAGAAGUUGGAGUUCAGAGUGAGUCUAUGUCUGACCACACCACAGACACGAACACGAACACGGAGUUUCCUAUUUAUGGUGGGACAAACCAUGAUGUCCAAGUGGACCAAGACACCAUGGAUUGGACAUUUAUGAACAUGUUGGAUGACUUGAAUGGCUCGGAUUUUGGCCUCUAUUUUGAAGCGGAGAAGGGUGAGUUUUCGUGCCCCACAACACACACUCCACUACUCUUUCACAAUGGAGAUGAGGUUGAAGUUGAUGAUCAUGAUCAUGAUGCUUUUUCUAACCACUCUUUUCUUUGGAGUUGGAACUUUUGAUUCACCUCUCUUGCAACUCAUCACCACCAAGAAACAAAGCCUCUCUGUUAUACUUUUUUUGUGGCCAUUUUAUACGUGGCUGUUUUUAAUUAUAAUAGUUUGGCUGUGACCGUAGUUUAUAUCAA